CGGUUCAUGGCUCAAGCCACAGCUCCACCAUCUUCCAGGCUGCUGAGAUUAUUAUUGCCGAUUAAUCAACAGGGCCUUGAGUUCCAGGUGUGAAAGAGGAGCUCCAGCCAUCUUUCUCUCAGUAGUAAUGGGAUGUACAGAUCAGCUCUCAAAAUGUCUUCUGUGUCUUCCGUGUGUCUUCUAAGACAAUUGCGUUAGCCCUCCUGCUAGUUGACUAAUAGAAUUAAUAAUUGUAAAAAGCACUCUAAAGCCACAUGCCUUAUGAAGUCAAUGCUGGGUAUGAUUUUACAAAUAUGGUCCGGAAAAAGAACCCCCCUCUAAGAAACAUUGCAAGUGAAGGUGAGGUACAGACCCUUGAAUCUACAGGUACUGAAAGUGAAGAGUCUGGAAGGAAAAAAGAAUUUUCUGCAGAUCAGAUGCAAGAAAACACUGACCAGGGUGAUACGGCAGAGCUAAACAACAAGGAGGAACCUUGCACACAUGUUCAAGAGCCAUCUUCCAGCAUUAAAAAGGACUUAAAGAGCUCAGUUCUAAGUGAAAAGACUGGCUUCAAUUAUGAAAGCCACAAUAAGGGAGGAAAUGUUCCAUCCUUCCCUCAUGAUGAGGUGACAGACAGAAAUAUGUUGGCUUUGACAUCUCCAGCUGUUGGGGGAGUUUGUGAGCCCUUGAAGUCUCCUCAAAAAUCAGAUGCAGAUGACACCCAAGAUGUGGUCUCUACCCCAUCAGGAGAUCCAGCGGAGACAAAUGAAGUGCAUCAGAUGUCGCCAAAAGCUACAGAUGAAACAGUGCAAGUGCAAAGUGGUCAAACCGAUGGCCAAGGCUCAAGCCCGGUCCCCGUGGCCUCAAAAAACCCACAAGUGCCUUCAGAUGGGGGUUUAAGGCUGAACAAAUCAAAAGCAGACUUGUUGGUAAAUGACAACCCAGAUAUGGCACCUCUGUCUCCAGAGCUUCAGGACUUCAAAUGCAACAUCUGUGGUUAUGGUUACUAUGGGAAUGACCCCACAGAUCUCAUCAAACACUUCCGCAAGUACCACCUAGGACUGCACAACCGCACCAGGCAGGAUGCUGAGCUCGACACUAAAAUUUUGGCCCUCCACAACAUGGUGCAGUUCAGCCACUCCAAAGACUUCCAGAAAGUCAAUCGCACUGUGCUUUCAGGGGUGCUGCAGGAUAUCAAUUCCCAGAGGCCUGUCUUAUUAAAUGGAACUUAUGAUGUGCAGGUUACUUUAGGUGGAACCUUUAUCGGCAUUGGACGCAAAACUCCCGAUUGCCAAGGCAACACCAAGUACUUCCGCUGCAAAUUCUGCAAUUUCACUUACAUGGGCAAUUCGUCCACUGAACUAGAGCAACACUUCUUACAGACCCAUCCAAACAAAAUGAAAGCAGCCCUCCCCUCCUCUGAAUCUGGCAAACCUUCAGAGAAAAACUCUAAUAAAUCCAGUCCUACUCUUCGAUCAUGUGAUUCUGGAGACUUGGGGAAGUGGCAGGACAAAAUCACUGUAAAAGCAGGAGAUGACACCCCAGUUGGCUACUCAGUUCCCAUCAAGCCAAUAGAUUCCUCUAGACAAAAUGGUACAGAUGCAACCAGUUACUACUGGUGUAAAUUUUGCAGUUUCAGCUGUGAAUCAUCCAGCUCGCUCAAGCUCUUAGAACACAACAACAAACAGCAUGGGGGAAGCCAGGCAGGAAACCCGCAUCCAGAUCUGAAUGAUAAGCUUUCUAGGGGAUCUGUCAUUAACCAGAAUGACUUAGCCAAAAAUGUAGAUGGAGAGCUAGUUACAAAAACAGAAAAGGGCACCAGUAUGACAAAAAAGAAAGAGUUUUCUAGUAAAGGAGCAGAGGACAACAUGGUGACAAGCUACAACUGUCAGUUCUGUGAUUUUAGGUACUCCAAGAGCCAUGGCCCAGAUGUAAUAGUGGUGGGCCCACUUCUCUGUCAUUAUCAGCAGCUACACAACAUUCACAAAUGUACCAUUAAGCACUGUCAGUUCUGUCCCCGGGGCCUCUGCAGCCCAGAAAAGCACCUUGGAGAAAUUACUUAUCCGUUUGCCUGCAGAAAAAGUAAUUGUUCCCACUGUGCUCUCUUGCUCUUGCAUCUGUCUCCUGGGGUGACAGGAAACUCUAGAGUCAAACACCAGUGCCAUCAAUGUUCCUUCUCCACCCCUGAUGUAGACAUUCUCCUGCUUCAUUAUGAGAAUGCACAUGAAGCCCAGACAUCUGAUGUCAAACAAGAAGCAAAUACCCUACAGGGAAUGGAUGGGCCAGUGACUCUCAAAGAGAACAAAGAACACUCAUGUACCAAAUGUGACUUUAUUACCCAGGUGGAAGAGGAGAUUUCCCGACACUACAGGAGAGUGCAUAACUGUUACAAAUGCCGUCAGUGCAGCUUCACAGGUGUUGACACUCAGUCACUACUAGAGCACUUCAACACUGUGCAUUGUCAGGAGACGGACAUCACUACAGCCAAUGGGGAGGACAGUCAUGGCAUUUUGGCUAUCAAGGAAGAGCCAAAAAUUGACCUAAAGGUCUACAGUCUGAUCAAUCCAGACCCCAAGAUGGGGGAGCCCAUUUCUGACAGUAUAGUGAAGAGGGAAAAGCUAGAAGAUAAGGAAGUGCUUAAGGAAAAAGGUUGGACUGACAGCUCCAAUGAUGAUCUUCGCAGUGUGACUUGGAGAGGAACAGAUAUUUUGAGAGGUAGCCCAUCAUAUACACAAGCAAGCUUAGGCCUACUGACUCCAGUGUCCAUUGGCCAAGAGCAGCCAAAGCCUUUAAGGAAUAGUCCAAACGUAGAAGCUGCCCACAUUGCGCGGCCCAUGUAUGGCUUGGCUGUUGAGCCCAAGGGAUUCCUGCAGGGGGUGCCAGCAGGAGGUGGAGAGAAAUCUGGACCACUCACUCAGCAGUAUCCUGGAUCAGGUGAUAACAAGGCAAAGGAUGAAUCCCAGUCCUUGUUAAGGAGACGUAGAGGCUCGGGUGUUUUUUGUGCCAAUUGCCUGACCACAAAGACCUCUCUCUGGCGAAAGAAUGCAAAUGGUGGAUAUGUAUGCAAUGCGUGUGGCCUCUACCAGAAGCUUCACUCGACUCCCAGGCCUUUAAACAUCAUUAAGCAGAACAAUGGUGAACAGAUCAUUAGGAGACGGACGAGAAAGCGCCUUAACCCAGAGGCACUUCAGGCUGACCAGCUAAACAAACAGCAGAGGGGUAGCGGUGAAGAACAAGUCAAUGGAAGCCCAUUAGAAAGGAGGUCAGAGGAUCAUUUAAGCGAAGGUCACCAGAGAGAAAUUCAGCUUCCCAGCCUGAGUAAAUAUGAGGCCCAGGGUUCAUUGACUAAAAGCCAUUCUGCUCAUCAGCAAAUGUUGGUCAGCCAAACUCUGGAUAUUCACAAAAGGAUGCAACCUUUGCACAUUCACAUAAAAAGUCCUCAGGAAAGUACUGGAGACCCAGGAAACAGUUCAUCAAUAUCAGAAGGGAAAGCAAGCUCAGAGAGGGGCAGCCCAAUAGAAAAAUACAUGAGACCUGCAAAGCACCCAAAUUACUCGCCACCAGGAAGCCCUAUUGAAAAAUACCAGUACCCACUUUUUGGACUUCCAUUUGUACACAAUGACUUUCAGAGUGAAGCUGAUUGGCUGAGAUUCUGGAGUAAAUAUAAGCUGUCCGUUCCUGGGAAUCCACACUACUUGAGUCAUGUGCCUGGCCUACCAAAUCCUUGCCAAAACUAUGUGCCUUAUCCCACCUUUAAUCUGCCUCCUCAUUUUUCAGCGGUCGGAUCAGACAAUGACAUUCCUCUUGAUUUGGCGAUAAAGCAUUCCAGACCUGGGCCAACUGCAAAUGGUGCCUCCAAGGAGAAAAGUAAGGCACCACCAAAUGUAAAAAAUGAAGGUCCCUUGAAUGUAGUAAAAAUAGAGAAAGUCGAUAGAAGUACUCAAGAUGAACUUUCAACCAAGUGUGUGCACUGUGGCAUUGUCUUUCUGGAUGAAGUGAUGUAUGCUUUGCAUAUGAGUUGCCAUGGUGACAGUGGACCUUUCCAGUGCAGCAUAUGCCAGUAUCUUUGCACGGACAAGUAUGACUUCACAACUCACAUCCAGAGGGGCCUACAUAGGAACAAUGCACAAGCUGAAAAGAAUGGAAAACCUAAAGAGUAAAACCUUAGCACUUAGCACAAUUAAACAGAAAUAGGUUUCCUUGAUGGGAAUUCAAUAGCUUGUAAUGUCUUGUGAAGAUCUAUAAAGCACUUCAUAUAGAGAGCAUGCCUUAUCCAAUAUAAAAACCCUUCCUUCUUUCCUUCCUUCCUUCCUUUGUGGGUUGCCAAGAAGGAAACAAUGAAUUGGAUGGUGGCUUGAUGGGGAAAGGGAUAAUCAUUUGGGACAUGGCCCACCAAACUAUCCAGAAUGCAGUGAAUCAGGACAAAUAUCAAUCACUGGGAAUCUUGUAUUUCCAGACAACUAAUACCUUUUGUGUAAGAGACAUAACUAGCUAGAAUGCAAAGAUGUGUGUAUAUAUAUACUGCUGCAGGAGUAUAGUGAACAUAUGCACACUGUAUAUAGGAAAUAGAUUUAUUAAAUAUACAAGUGUUCAGAAAUCAUUUAAAUAUUUUUAAUUUGGACUAAUUUCUGCCUUAAAACAUGCCUUAGUCACUUUGUCCUCAAUAAUUUGGCAGUGAUUUCAUCCAGAUUUAAGACUCAACCAAUUUUUUAGCUACCAUUUUAACACUACACUUUUUCUGGCACAUUGUUAUCUAAGAAAAGAUAAUGUUCAAAUGAAUUAUCUCUAAUACAAGAGCCACACUGGGCUUAAUUUGCAUAGAACAAGGUAACCUGCUGUAUUUCAUUUUUUUUCUGAUUAACUCUUCUUUCUAAACUUUGGAGUUUAGGGUUACUUCUCCACAAAUGUAAUGUUGUUAUACAUACCAGUCAAUCCCUUCAAUAGACUUAUACCAGCUUUCGCUAAGUAGCAUUAAAUGUCUUCAUAAUACCUUUUAAUACUUAAAGCUUUGUAAAAACUAUCCAUGAAGGGAAAGCUCCUCAGCAUAACUGCUCAGGGAAAUAGGGCUAAAUAACUAAAUAUUAAAUAAUUGGUUAAAGGUGCUGUUAGACAAGCCUCCAUGCUUGCUAUGAGGGUGUACAAGAACUGACUUUAAUCAUUUUCAUAAUAGUGUCCCAACCAGUAGUUUAUUAUUUUGCCAUGGGGAUGUAGAAGAUAUUACAAGCUACUGGAUGCACUGUCAGAUUAACUUAUUUCAUUAAAGAAGUUGGGAGAACAAAUAGAAAAAAUCUUAUUUUUCUAGUAAAUAUUAAUGUAUUACAUUUCAAAUAAUGGUGCCUGACAUAUUGAAUAAUUAUUUUCUACAGUGUACGUAUGCAACAAAGAUAUUCCAUCAUGCAUUAGAGUCAGUUCUGACUCUGCCUCGCUGUUUACAUUUGCAAAUGUAGCAAACAAGGUAAUGAAGCAACUAUUUCUAUUGCAGUAGGUAUCUCUUUUUUUGUGUGUGUGCAUUAAAGUUGUAAACGAUAACAUGAAAUGACUGAAAUUUGUUGAUAUUAAUGGUAUGGAAAAACAAGAAGGAAAUGAAAAUAUUUUUUAUGCCUACUUAGGAAAAAAAGGGUAGCACUAUUCAUUCCAAGUACUUUUGUAUUCUUAAGCUCUUAACUCACAUUGUUAUGCUUAAAAUGAUAAACAUAUAUCCUCUUUUUAUUGCUUUGUCUGUGUUUCAGAAGAAACAUUUCAGAAAUUAUUUUGAUAAGUGCUGUUGGACUAUGCAGCAUUGAUGUUUUUAUUGCAUUCUGUAGUAGCAUUGCACUCCAUUUUUACAAUAUUAUGCAGUUGCUUUUUUGUUUUGUUUGGGUUUGUUUCUUUCGCAGUGCAGGGUCUUAGUUCCUUGAGGUCGGAUGGCAGGUUUAGGUCAACUGGUUCAUGAAUGUUGCAGCGAAUGAAGUUUAAAAUAUCAUUCUGAUAUUAUGUUGUCUUCUAUUUCUCCAUUUGUGCAUUUUAUUUUUAAAAAUGUUCUAUAAGAAAGUAUCUCGGGACUAAGUCCUUCACUUAAGAUUAUAUAUAAAGCGUCCUAUUCUGAUCUCAUUUAUAUGCCACCUAUCUCAAAUUGUCAUGUAAUUGAAGUUAAAGCAUCCUAUAAAAAAGGGUCCUUGCAUUUAACUUACACAAAACUGACCAUUCUCCCCCUCUAGAAAUUGGUGCACUUAUGAGACACUUAACCAGGUAGAACUAGGAAGCUGGAAAAUGAAAGAGGGGCGAGGGUGAUGGGAAAUGUCUGAAAGCAUUUGACAGAAGUUUAAACCAGGGAGGAGCAGGCCUAAACAUAUAGCACUUUGAUAGUCUCUUGAAAAAAUGUGCCUAAAUUAAAGCAGACUGCAAGAAGAAAUGUCAUCAUGCAUGAGAAGCACUUACACAGCCGAUCACUAAAGGUCUCACUGACCUUGGCACCAUUUUAAGUGUUACAUUUUCCCACAGGUGAAAUGUUAUUGAACAACCCCUCUGAUUUGUUAGGCACAAACAGGCUAUUGUUUUAGCAUCAGGCUAACAUUCCUUCCUGCUUCCACCUAGUUUCUUUCACAACAGGCAUGGUCACUGGUGACCAGUGUAUGGAAAAUCCCAUUCAGCCCAUUCAGGUCGAGAUCUAUAACCCUUCAUAAAGUUCCAGCUUGGCAAAGGAUAUUGGGUCACAUUCCUCCUCCUCUGUUUCUAGAUGAAUCUCCUGCUUGAUACCAGUGCCAGAAAGUGACUGGUUGUGUUUAUUAUUGUUCCCCAACAAUAGCUCCGUUCUUUUGUUUUUUGUUCUGAGGGAACUGAGAUAGCUUGUCCUCUUCUUGUAUGUCAGGGUCCGGUGUGUGUCCUAAUCAGAUUCCUCAAGAAAUUCAUUAGACUUUACUAGCAGCAACUGCUGGCUUCAGAAGAGGCUGCCUCAAGGUAAUCAGCACAGUUACUGUGUUGGGAUACUUAUGUCUUAGCAAUUCCUGUGGCUUCUCUACUGAUGAAAGCUGCAUCUUCCUGGCAAAAUACUCCCUAAUGUACAUGUUUGUCAUAAGGACUUGUGCACAAACCUUUAUGUCAUUACACCACUUGCUGAACUAAAAGCAGAGGCCGGUAGGGGAAAAUACACAUAUCAAAGUCUGGAAAUAAGGAGAGAUACAAGCUUGUAAGUGUAAAGAGCAGGAUAGAGUUCUGAAUGUUAAUGUUGUACUAUAGUGUACAAAGGAAAUUUGUAAAAUGUACCUGUUGCUCUUGCCAUGACAUAUUGAGAUGUUCUGAAGCUUCCACUUUUGAGACUUGGUUCUAACCAGUUCAUAAAAAGAGAUAUGAAAGGAUUGAAAUCAAAAAAAUAUCUUCCGUAACAGCUCACAGUUUGAAGUGUGAUAGCAUUUGAUGUUAAUUACUAUGCAUAAUGCAUUUUAAUACACAUCAGUUUACAGCUCUGAAACAUCAAGUUCUACAUUUUCAAAAGUGUCAGUUGUGCUUAUUCCUGCGAAAUGUAAAGUCAAGACUCGUUCAUCCCAUUUUAAUCAAUUAGGAGUGCUUAUCAUGUCUGAAAAUCUAUUAUAGGUUGGAUCCCUAAAAGAGAGUGCCUUUUGAAAGCAUAAAUUCAUCCUGUUUGCUUUUAAAAUACCUGAGAAGGACCAUUGCUCUUUAUUUAAGAAUCUCAAUAUUUCUAGCUAAUCAAAUUAACACUCUAUGUAGCCUAACUCCGUGCUAGAGUAUCCCUUGCAAAUUGUACUGAUUUCAAGGUGUCACUUGAGUGCUACCCAGUAGAUCAAUAAAAACAAAGGAGAUGUUCCAAAGAGUGCAUGGUACUUAGGCACCUAACUCUAAUUGGUUUUCAAUAGGGAUUUGAUAUCUAACUCCUUGUUUUGCUUGUGAAAAUCUCCCAUUAAAUUGUCAUGAGUAUCUCAUGCUCACUAUACUGAAAGAUUGCUAAGGGAAGUUAGAGAUGGUGUGCCCACUCUUCUGCCUGAAAAUAAGGUGCAGUAUGAGGUGCUAGCCAUUAGGAAAGGGUAUAUGGAGAUGAGAUGAAUGAAAACUUCCUGGAUGAGAUAAAAGAGUUGACAAAAAGAGCUGGAUGUGUAAUGAUAAAGAAAGAGCAGCACUAAAAAAAAUAUAACGAUAAAAUGUAAAGGCCAUGAAAUGGGAUGACCUGAUUUGGCAACUGUAAGUGGGUAGAAAGGUUAGAGACAAGCUCACCAACAAAUUUUCUGAUGGAAGAAUGUUACUUAGUUGGGUAAUAACUGGAUUUGGUGCCAGAGGAUAUGGCCUAGCACCUGUUUUGCCUCCAAGUUUCUGAUGUCCAUCAAAAUAGCAUUCUGGUUUUUUGCUUCCUCCUUUUGCUUCUGUAUUGAUUUUUUUCUUGGCUCACUUAGCAUGUUUCUUUAUAAUACCAGUCAGAAUAAAAGCCAAAGAGAAUAGAAGUUUAGUUCUAUAGAACCAGAAAAGGUGAAUAUGUUUUUCUUUGUUCCAGUAGAGAGAGUUACUUUUGGCAGGUGUCAGCAUUGGACUUGUCAACCUACUCACUAUAUAGAUAGAAAAUUGGAAGUCACACCAUUCCCAUAAUUUCCAUAUGCAGAAAUUUGACUAUGUGGAAUAACUGAACAUGUACAGGUGAGUAGUGGGCCAAGUGGAAUAAUUUGUAUAGAUUGUUACCAUCAGAGAAUGGGAUUUUCCUCCUUCUUGUAGAUAUUGAUUAGAUUCAUAAGCUCUCAAAAAUUGACAGUUGCUGAGGUGCUACAUAAUAUCCAUAUACCUUAUAUAACUGGUUAUAUGAUUUAUCUCUUAUUAGGAGGCUAAAAAAAUAGAAUUCCUCCCAAAAACUUUGUCUACCAUGAAAUAAAUGCAUUUGGUAAGUUAAGCUAAAAUGCUUAGAAUAGACAUUGCAGCAGCUGCCACAUAUUGUAUAAUAUUCAAGUUUUCAUAUUGUUUCCCAUCACUGUAGUCUCUGAGCCCCUGUCCAGGAAGAGGAUGGGGGAAAGGAAACAUCUCAAAAUGUCAUUGUAAAUUUAACUUACAGCAAAAUUCACCAGCAGAAAAAAGGAAUGAUUUCAUAUUGCUAAACAAACACUCUCUAAGCAUAUAGCGCUGAUUUGGCUCUUAUUGUUUUGUCCUUACAACACAUGAUGUGUUUUUUGUUUCAUUUUGUUUUGGUUUGGUUUGGUUUGGUUUUCAUAGUGCAUGUUCAUUUCUACUCACAAACAUGUUCUUGGUGUAUUUCUUAUGCAAACAAUCUUCAGGCAGCAAAGAUGUCUGUUGCAUCUAAACUUGAAUAAUAAAGUUUUACCACCAGUUAUAAA